AUGUCUUUUGUCGAUGUGAACGCGGCUGGGGAGCAAAUCGUGCUCGUCUUAGAAAAACUUGCUCAAAUCACCGCAGACCCCCCCUGCGCCGCACAACCGCCUCCAGUUCAGCCACGAAAAUGCUCAAGUGCUCGCUUUUUGGGACAGGCGCUCAUUGUUGCGGGGAUGGGAUUGGAGAAUUUGGGUCAAGAUGUUAUUUGGGGCUGA